GUAUUCUUGCUGUCCCCAGGUUCAUGUAUCCAGGAAUCCUUCCGUCUACCGCCGGAUAUCUUCCCUUCCCUACUUACCCAAGGUCAGCCUCAACUGCAUGUAUUCUUGCCUUGCCCAGGUUCAUGUAUCCAGGAAUCCAUCCGCUCGCUCCCGGAUGUCUCCCAUUUCCCACUUACCCAAGGUCAGCCUCAACAACAACCUUCCCCAAGUUCAUGUAUCCAGGAAUCCAUCCGCUCGCUCCCGGAUGUCUUCCCUUCCCCAUUUCCCUAAGGUCGGCGGUGCCUUCCCCGGAUCAGUGUCUCCAGGAGUCCACUUAUGUCACCUCAGGUGAACUCCCUUCCCCACUUCCCCAAGGUCAGCGGUAUUCUUGCCGUUCCCAGGAUCAUGUAUCCAGGAAUCCUUCCGUCUACCGCCGGAUAUCUUCCGUUCCCUACUUACCCAAGGUCAGCGUCAACUGCAUGUAUUCUUGCCUUGCCCAGGUUCAUGUAUCCAGGAAUCCAUCCGCUCGCUCCCGGAUGUCUCCCCUUCCCCACUUACCUAAGGCCAGCCUCAACAACAACCUUCCACAAGUUCAUGUAUCCAGGAAUUCAUCCGUUCGCUCCCGGAUGUCUUCCCUUCCCCAUUUCCCUAAGGUCGGCGGUGCCUUCCCCGGAUCUGUGUCUCCAGGAGUCCACUUAUGUCACCUUAGUGGACUCCCUUCCCCACUUCCCCAAGGUCAGCGGUAUUCUUGCCGUCUCCAGGAUCAUGUAUCCAGGAAUCCAUCCGUCUACCGCCGGAUAUCUUCCCUUCCCCACUUACCCAAGGUCAGCCUCAACUGCAUGUAUUCUUGCAUUGCUCAGGUUCAUGCAUCCAGGAAUCCAUCCGUUCGCUCCCGGAUGUCUCCCCUUCCCCACUUGCCUAAGGUCAGCCUCAACAACAACCUUCCUCAAGUUCAUGUAUCCAGGAAUCCAUCCGCUCGCUCCGGAUGUCUUCCCUUCCCCAUUUCCCUAAGGUUGGCGGUGCCUUCCCCGGAUCAGUGUCUCCAGGAGCCCACUUGUGUCACCUGAGUGGACUCCCUUCCCCACUCCCCCAGAGUCAGCGGUGCCUUCCCCGGAUCAGUGUCUCCAGGAGUCCACUUGUGUCACCUGAGUGGACUCCCUUCCCCACUUCCCCAGAGUCAGCGGUUGCCACCCUCAGUGACCUCGCUGCAUGGAAACUCGGUCUUGUCUAGCUGGUCUACGGUAGAGACUGUCCAGGUGGGUGGAAUUACUGGAGGUGACACACACAGAAAACUGCGUCCAGUAAUUACAUCCACCAAGACAGCCGCGACCGUAGGUCAGCUAGACGCCACCAAGCUGCCUCACAGU